AUGGGAAGAAGAAAAGUAGAGAUCAAAAGAAUCGAUAACAAAAGCAGUCGACAAGUCACCUUCUCUAAACGACGCAAUGGUCUGAUCGAGAAAGCUCGACAACUCUCAAUUCUCUGUGAAUCAUCCAUUGCUGUUCUCGUCGUUUCGGCCUCCGGCAAGCUCUACAACUCCUCCUCCGGCGACAGCAUGACCAAGAUCAUCGAUCGCUAUGACAUACAACAUGCUGAUGAUCUUAAAACCUUGGAACUUGCGGAAAAAACUCGGAACUAUCUUCCACACAAGGAGUUACUAGAAUUAGUCCAAAGCAACCUUGAAGAACCGAAUGUUGAUAAUGUAAGUGUAGAUUCUCUAAUUUCGGUGGAGGAUCAGCUCGAGACUGCUAUGUCCGUAACUAGAGCUAGAAAGACAGAACUGAUGAUGGAGUUUGUGAAGACGCUUCAGGAAAAGGAGAAGUUGCUGAUAGAAGAGAAUUCUCUUCUGGCUAAUCAGUUGGGGAAGAACACGGCUCUGGUAACAGAUGAUGAGAGAGCACUGUCACCGGCAAGUAACUCCGGCAACAACCCACCGGAGACUCUUUCGCUGCUCAAGUAACCACCAUGAUUCAACGGCUGAGGUUUCACCAUCUCAAAGCCUGAUCCAGAAUUCAAAAUCACAUUUGUAAAUUAUAUCAAAGCUGCAUAAUCAUAAACCCUUUACCUCCUCUAAUGAGGAAAUUAAGGUAAAAGAAAGCAAAAACAAAAGCUCCUAUCCUCUUAGAACUAAAGGAUUGUAAAACUAAGAUAAAAAUAUUCGUUCUUUGUUGUACCUUCGUCGA